CACCAUACAAUCCACAAUCCUCACAUCAAAGUCUCAAACCCCAAACUUCUCAUACGUUAUUUUUCCUCUCUAUUGUAUUCUCAUAGACUAAUUCAGAAUUCAGCAAUGGCAAAAACACCAUCAAUUGUGUCGUUCGGAGAGAUGUUGAUCGAUUUUGUUCCGGAUGAAGCCGGUGUUUCGUUGGGCGAAUCUCGUGGAUUCAUCAAAGCUCCCGGUGGUGCACCCGCUAAUGUUGCUUGUGCCAUCACCAAGCUCGGUGGUACAUCCGCCUUCAUUGGCAAGGUUGGGGAUGAUGAGUUCGGAAAGAUGCUCGUAGACAUACUCGAAAAGAACGGUGUAAACACCGAAGGAGUAUGCUUCGACAAGGACGCAAGAACAGCCCUAGCUUUCGUAACAUUAAAGCAUAACGGUGAAAGAGAAUUCAUGUUCUACAGAAACCCUAGUGCUGACAUGCUUCUCAAACCAUCAGAGCUCAAUCUAGAUCUAAUCAAACAAGCCAAAGUCUUCCACUACGGCUCAAUCAGCUUAAUCACCGAGCCAUGCAGGUCAGCUCACAUGGAAGCCAUGAAAGCCGCCAAAGAAGCCGGAGUUACUCUAUCAUAUGAUCCUAAUCUUCGAGUAGCACUUUGGCCUUCCCCUGAAUCUGCUAGGGAAGGUAUCAUGAGUAUUUGGAAGGAGGCUGACAUCAUCAAGGUCAGUGAUGAAGAAGUUGAGUUUUUAACCAAAGGAGAUGCUUCUAAAGAAGAAGUGGUUAAGACUUUGUGGUUUGACGGGCUUAAGCUUUUACUUGUUACUGAUGGAGAGGAAGGUUGUAGAUAUUUUACUAAGGACUUUAAAGGUUCAAUCCAAGGCUAUUCUGUCAAGACUGUUGAUACUACUGGAGCUGGAGAUGCAUUUGUUGGAUCUUUCCUUUAUUCUCUUGCUAAGGAUUCUUCAAUCUUGGAGGAUGAAAGCAAGCUUAAGGAGGCGCUAACUUUGUCGAAUGCUUGUGGUGCUCUGUGCACAACCGAAAAGGGUGCCAUCCCUGCACUACCAAGUCUAACUGAAGCACUGGAAUUGAUGAACCUCGGAAACUGAUCGAUUGUCAUACAUAUUACUACAUACAUAUUUUAGCUUAAUUAAUAUAGCCUAGUUGAUGUUAAGUUUUUGGUGUAAGAAUAAUGAAGCACUACACCCUAUUUUUAACUUCUAAGGGCUGUUUUUAUCAGAAUAUUAAGUUUGAUUACUGCGGAUUCAUACUAUGUUGUCGAGUA